UUGUAGUUUUAAAAAACGAGGGGAGCAAGACAUCGAAAUAGCUGGUUCAGUACAGGUCAAACCGGUGAAAAAGCGGCAGAAUGGAUUCGGGCACCAUCAUUAGGCGGAUUCAAAUUCAUAUUUUGGAAGCGCAGGCUUGAAAGCAGUGAAUGAAUAUCCAGUGAAGGCUCGAAUCAGGCUUUUUCAAGCAGCUUAGCUUCUUCUCUACCGAAGCUGGGAAUUAGACAGAUUGGAAGAAAAUCUUGCAGUGUUUUCGAAGCAGUAAGUAAGAGACAGACACAAUCAGUGUGGCCAAAAAUGGUUUGGGGGCUUUUUCCUGCAGACCCACUUUCAGGUGAAGAUCGAUACUAUAUCUUUCGUAAGGGAACAUAUAAGGUCGGCCGUAAAGGGUGCGACGUGAUUGUUAAGAUGGACAAGGGAGUUUCACGAGUCCAUGCAGAGAUUUUGGUCGAUGAAAUGACAUCUUCAGAUAAUCUCCGAAACAUAAACAAUGAAAUGUCCUCUCAAGUUCGUUUAAGGGACUGCUCCAAGUAUGGGACAUUUGUUACCAAGAAGCAAGGGGUGAAAGAAAAAGUUCAGGAGUUCCCUGGUAAAGAAAUAACUCUAAAAGAUGGGGACUUAGUUUCCUUUGGAACUGGUAGUGCGAUGUACAGGUUUUGUCACAUCCCACUCGUAUUUUUCAUCUAUUCUUCACAAACAUUUGACGAAGAUCUUCUUCUUGAAGAGAAACUACUAUCAAUUGGUGCUCAUAUAACACGUGGUUGGCAUUCAGACUGCACUCAUGUACUAGUUGAUCAGGUUACUAGAUUAACAAAAGAUGCAGUUGAUGCAUUUGUGGCCAAGAAGCCUUUUGUUCUUAAAACAUGGGUUGAGAUUGUUUCAGAAAAAAGCAUAAGUACUGAAUUUCCAAGUUGCAGCCCGUAUACUCCAACUUUUCUGUUGGAUGGAGUGUCUGUUAAACUUGCCGAGCCACGAGAAAACUGUCUGAAAGGAUUUACAUUUCUGUUGGAACCAGUAAACAGGUAUUUAUUUGAGGACAAAUUACGCUCAUUAUUGGAAAUGGUUGGGGCGAAGGUUCUUUCACUAGAAGGAUUUUGUGCAAACAGUCAAGGAAUGGAAGAUGAAGAGAAUAGGAGUGUAUAUGUGAUUCCUUGUAGAACAUCAGAACAAGCUAAAUCCCCAAACAACCAGCGAACUCUAAGUAGAGUAAAAGAGACGGAUUUGAUAGUCUCUGCCUUCAGUGGGCAGUUUGAUCCUUCCAUUGUAAUGUCAGAAGCAGUUAUCAUUUCAUCGUCUUGCUCCACGGAUGAGACAAUUGUAGCGGAAUCUGAAGAUGAACAAGAAACAGCUGCAUCAAUGGACAUAUGUGCUGCUCAAAUGAAAAGAACGGAAGAGGUGAAGGAAGAAUUCUCAGCUAAAGCUGCUGCUACCUCUAAGUUAGAGAGCGUCCCUGUUGAGAUCUUCCGCAGCUCAAAUAACUCCCCUCUGAAGAAAAAACAGGAAGUUGUUGAUGAACCUGAAAUGGGUAAUUCCUAUAUCAUAUACAGCCAAAAUUUGGUCAUUAGAGAUACAAACUCGCCGUCUUCUUCUUCAGUCCGCUCUCUUAGAAAUAAUGAUAAUGGUAUCCCAAAUUUCAAGUGCUUCAGAAAGCCGGGCAUUCCUUCAGGCAACAGUUUCAACAACCUUGUUCCGUUUUCAAAGUACCCAUACAGGAAUUCGGAGUACGAGGCUGAAGAAGUGAUUGAAUCCGUAAAAGAAGAGAAAAAACGGAAACAGAUGGAAGCUGUAGCCGAGGACUUAUUCAACAACCAGAAGGCUAGAAAGCGCGGGGUUACUGGUUCCAUCCAUGGACUUCUUACGAGUGGCUAAAUAAUAAUAGAGGUAAAUUCUGUGUUAGGAGCAUUCUAAUUUAGCUCUUGAAUUUUGUCAUAUGUAAAAACAGUGGGCAGAGUUUGUGUAAAAUUCUACUGUUUACUAUGGAA